CAUGGAUUGCAAAAUUUUUGCAAUCCAUGAUUUGGCAUCACUGAAUUGGCACCCCUUGAGUCUCAAGAGGUCGUUCUAGCUGUAUCGGCUCGCAAUUCUCCAAUUGGGCACAAACGGCAAAAACAGUUGUUAAAGGAGACUGAUUUUCCUAACCGUGGUUUAGUUGCUAUUUCUGUCAAUACUUGCUGGCUUUUGACCUUCACACGGCCUUUGUCAGAACUCUAAAGGGCCGUGUGUUGACUGUGUUCAAGUAUCAAGUUACUCAGAGACAUUGACAUUGUUUACAAGUUUAUUUCCUUUCCUCGUUAUCAAAAUAUUUUAUUCCUGUUGUGGAAGUCGCUACUCAAAUGGGUGUAUUACGGUAUAUUUAUUUCAUUUCCUUCAUUUAUUUUCUUGCUGACUCGCGCGGCAAAACAUCAGCGAAAAUAUUUGAGGCAAAAUCCGCAAAUGCCGUGUCCAGCAAUCCAAGGAUUCUUCUGUUAUCGAUUGGCGGACUACGAACCGAUUAUCUAACGAGAAUAAACUGUUCAAACAUUCAGUCACUCGCGGAGAAUGGUGUAUCAGCCAAGUACGUACAAACCUCAAUAAACGUGGCCAGUAUUGCUAAUCAUUAUAGCAUGGUUACUGGACUGUAUCCCGAAAGUCAUGGGAUUAUAUCUCAGACUAUGUUCGACCCGAUUUUGAACCGUGUAUUUAAUAGUGAAACACGCGAAGAGCCUGAAUGGUGGAGCAACGUGCAUCCAAUCUGGCAGGAGAUUGAGAACCAAGGACAAGGAAUGGGUGCUGUGUGUCGCUGGCCUGGUGUUUAUGGUCCAAUGGUUCCUACAUUGCGCUGUGGGCAAAGAAAAUCGUUCAAUUCAGACAUCGAUCAGGCAGCGAAGUGGUUCAAAAACGGUGUAAAACUGGUCCUACUUUACUCUGAUGAUAUAAAAAAAGCCGCUAUAAAAUGGGGGCCCUAUUCACAAAAUGCUAUCAAGAAAGUUAUGAAUUUAGAUUCCUCCAUUAAAUAUUUGCUAGAGAAAACACGUGACCUUAAUGUGAAUAUACUGCUGACGUCAGAUAGCGGAGUCACUGACCUCAAGUGGGAUCACGUGAUUGAUCUAGACAAAUGCCUCGAUCCGAAGUCGUACGUUUUAACUCAAGCCCAGGCCACGCUCUUGAUUUACCCUAAGCAAGGAUACACAUCCGCAGAAAUUCACAAAAACCUCUCAAAAUGUCCUCAUAUUAGAGCGCAUUUGAAGAGCACUUUGCCGGAUCAUUUUCACUAUUCUCACAAUCGGAGAAUCCCGCCUGUCAUCGCCUUUGUUCCGUUGGGUUCCGUCGUGCGCUCGAGUAAGCCCAUUCAUCAAAGUAUCAAUGCGAUUCUCAAUGAAUCACUAUGGUUACCGAAGGAUUUGGGUGGUAGCGGCUACCAUUCAGGAUACGAGGUGAUGCGAGGGGUGUUUUAUGCAAGCGGACCAUCCUUUAAGGCUGGCCUGAAAUAUAAGGCGAUUAAUAACACCGAUAUAUAUGGAAUAAUGUGCGCUGUUCUAGGUAUAACCCCCAGAGCUAACAAUGGGUCAAUUCCAGUAGCUAAAGCAAUGCUAAGGGGUGUAGAUUUUGAAACAGACAUGGACACAUCACCCACAAGCUGGUUAUCAACCAGCACCACAUUGCCACCUACAAAAUGGGUGAAAACGUACUCGCGCAAUCACGGCCUGUUCGGAGAUUUCGAAUUGCGCGGCUUUCUGAUAUUUCUGGCGUGUUCUGCGGCAGUGAUGGUGUUGUUAUGCUGCAUCGGCUGUCUUCAUUCGAUGAGAAAAAAUGUGAAAGGGGGAUUUAAGAGAAAAGCAUCCGUCUAUCCUCCAAUGUUAAGCACAAACUUAACUUCAUCUGACGAAGACUAGUGCUCAUUUGAUCGCGCUAAAUAUUCUUAUUUGUAAAACGCCUGCAUCUGCGCCAGGAGAGAGAUUGCGUUUGCCAAAUAGUUGUUAAUAAAUAAUGAUGGCCUAAUUGCUAGUUAUAUCUAGUGUGUUAAACUUUAACUUUCGAAAGGAAAAAAAAGCUGAGAAAUAAUGUUAAUAGU